UACCGAAAUCUCCGCGCCGGCUGCUAGUGUGCUAACGGACACCCUGCGGGAAACAUCGUCGCCGCCGCCAAUCCCGUGCGCGUGUAGCAUUACCGACGUGCGUAUUUACGCGAUUGACGACGAAAUCUCACCCCAUAAUGUCUAUAUUAUACUCCUUGGUGCUGCUGUGGUGAAACAUUAUUUUUGAGUUUUUUUCUUCUAAUAUUUUCGUCUGGUUGAUCGCCGUUAAAAUACGACUUUAUUUUUAACAGCAGUAUCAGUUUUUUCUCGAUGCAAUCGUUGAUGAUUUACUGGAAAUGGAAACGCUGCAGGUCAAUAACACAGGCCGGAACCUGAUGGUUUGUUUUUGUCUUCUGAUCACAAGCGUUAUCAUAGUGAGCGGUAACCCACAGCAGACGGGCAAAGAAGUCGACCCGAACGCCAAUUCUGUGAACCAAUUCAAUAAUCAUGAAACGUCAAUGCCAAGAUUUGCCGAACCCAUACCAAACGUCACUGUCAGCAUUGGCAGAGACGCACUACUGGCAUGUGUGGUGGACAACCUACGUGGAUUCAAGGUCGCCUGGGUCAGGGUAGAUACUCAGACGAUUUUGUCAAUUCACCACAACGUUAUUACCCAAAAUCCAAGGGUAACGCUUUCCUACAACGAUCACCGAUCGUGGUAUUUGCAUAUUAGAGACGUGCACGAAGAAGAUCGGGGAUGGUACAUGUGUCAAGUGAACACGGACCCGAUGAGAAGUCGACAAGGGUACUUGCAAGUGGUCGUACCCCCGAGCAUCAUAGAUAAGGAGACGAGCACAGACAUGGUGGUGCGCGAAGCGAGUAAUGCUACUUUAAUAUGCAAAGCUGCCGGAUACCCAGAGCCGUAUGUGAUGUGGCGGAGGGAGGACGGCGACGAUAUUAAUUACAACGGAGACACAGUUAAUUUUAUUGACGGCGAAGUGUUGCACAUCACGAGAGUUAGUAGGCUCCACAUGGGUGCUUAUUUGUGCAUAGCCUCAAACGGUGUGCCUCCUUCCAUUAGCAAAAGGGUCACGCUCAAAGUCCAAUUUCCUCCGAUGUUGACUAUUUCAAAUCAACUAGUGGGUGGCUAUAUUGGUCAGGACAUCAAAUUGGAAUGUCACACCGAAGCGUUUCCAACGUCCAUAAAUUUCUGGACAACCGAAAAGGGCGACAUGAUCGUCUCGGAUAUGACGGUUUCAGGCGAAAAAUAUGAGGCCAUAUCCACAGACAGCGGGUACAACAAGUACAUGAUCCUGAAGAUUAGGAAAUUGUCACCACAAGAUUUCGGAUCAUACAAAUGCGUGGCGAAGAAUUCACUGGGUGAAACCGACGGAUUCAUCAAACUAGACCAAAUCGCAGUGCCGUCGAGACCCAUGGCGAUUACUGAAGAACCGGAUGAAGAUCGCAAAGAUUAUGACGACGACGACAACGACGGAGCCAACGGUGGCCCAUCGGAAACCGUUUUCAACUCGCUGCCGACGGACAACAGUUCGCUCAACUCGGACGCGGUCCGGUGGUCGCAUGACGGCGUCUUCGGUUGGAUCGCGUCUGCCGGAUGCUGUUGGAUAGCCUCCACCUUAGUGUCCGGCAGGUGAUCGUCGUCGUUCGUGAAUUGCUCUCAACAUCCGAUGCGGAAGCGUCGUCGUGCACGUAAUCGUCACACUGUCAAAAUGUAGUGCUGUGGCGCGGCAUCGUCCCAUCCUCCGGAACCGGAACGGACUGUAGUAAUUUUUUACGCCCUUAAAUUUUUGUGUUUUUGGUUUUUUUUUUUUUUUUUUGGUUUAGUAUAAGUGCGUUAUUAUCCUCGUGCAUUUUGUAUGAUAAAAAAUUUAAAAUGAAAAUCGCGGCCGGGCGUGCCGGCGAUUAUGCGGUGUUAUACGAGUAAUUCGUCGCUUUGAUUUGUAAUGUACCUAUAUAAUUGCAGUUAUUAUAAUAUAUUAUAUUUAUUAUAAUAUCACGCAAAUCAAAUAUUAUUAUAAAUCGUGUUGUAUUAUUCGGCUAAUUGUAACGUUUUUAUAGCAUAAUUAUAUACGUAUUAUAUAUACAUUAUAUAAUAUUUCGUCCUAUUCAGCACUGUGUAAUAAUAACAAUAUAACAAUACUUACAUUGUUGUGAUGUAUAUGCGUGCGUAGUCUCCGCCGAAACCGUUGUACAUAUUAUUAUAGUUAUAAUACUUAUUUUGAUCGUUUACAAUAAAUAAAUUCAAGCACGCACGCGUGCAUACAUGUUUA